CUAUAUUUGAGUGACUCUUGAGAGACAUCUUUCACUGAUUUGUAAUGAAAUUUGAAAGAAAUUUAGUUUUAUUUAUAAAUUGAUUCAUAUUUUAGUGAUUUUAACAUUUAGUGAAACAUUUUUAUGGAUUAAGUUGUCAUUCAUUACAUGAUUCACACCAUUGUUACCAACUCUUAGAGAUAUGCUUUUGUGAGACAAUUGAGUGACAAUUGCGACAAAAUGUCAAAAAACAAUAUCAAAGAAAUGAAAUGUCUGAAUUCGGACCAAAUGAGGGCCAACUCAACGACCGUUAAGAAAGUGUUUAUCCAAAGGGAUUACAGCGACGGCACUGACGUUAAGUUUCAGAUGAAGUUCCCGCAAGAGUUGGAGGAAUAUAUUGACAGACAAUCGUUUGAACAGCUGAUCGACACAUUGAAUACCAUAUAUUCAGACGCGGAGACCAUGAAUGGCCGGACCUGUUGUGAGAGUUGUUUCGCGUGUUUCUCGGCUUACUUGACAUACAUUUGUUUCGACACUUAUUAUGACAAAUGUUUGAAAAGGAUUUCGGCGUUCAUUGACGAACAGAACGACACGAUUUGGAAACCGAGAAAUCUUUACGUAACGGAUCCCAUAGAAAGGGGUCUGAGGGUCAUAGAGAUUGUCAUCUUUGAGCCGACGGCUGAUCACCAGAAUGCCGACAAUUCUAACGCUAAUUCUGUCACUAAUAACCGAAAGCCAUGAAUAUAUCACUCCAUUAAUCGUCUCCUAUUUUUACAGUUUAUAAAAAACAUUAACUUUUUGUUCAGUUAUUGUCUUAAUUGCUCUCAUUAUGUGUAAUCCAAUUGUAUUUCACAUGUCAACCAA